AUGGAUCGAGCAGCAACACGGUCGUUCCCACGCCGACCUGUCCAGUGGAAUCGUCCAAUGACAAAACGAGAGCCCGAAAUAUCCCGCAUUGACUUACACACCAAAUAUCAAAAACGCUUCCAAAAUGAAGGAACAAACCCUAGUCUUCUCUCCACCUUCCUCAGCAUCCCUGAAUUUUCACCUCGGCUGGAUUAUGAACUCCCUGUCUUUCAGAAUAUACUCGAUGAAACGAUUUUGCAAAGGAUUUACGAAGGAAACUUCGAAACGCCAAGUAACUUAGCAGCAUGGCUCCAUGAUCGAGAUCUGUCAAACAGACCAAGAGGUUACAAUGGAUCACUCUCGCUUCUGGAUUUCGAUCGCCAGCUCAGUUUGAAGCGACUCGGCGAGAAAGGUCUUCCGGACGCUAAUACCCGCAAAAUCUGUAUCAACAAUCCCUGUCAAUGGACACUUGGGGUUUUGGCCGUUAGAGCUCCUGAACAUCAAGCCCCAGUCAUCAGAGACUUCAUAUUCAAGCACCUCACAGCUAGAACAUCUGUUAGUCUUGACACCGUGAUUGAUGGUGGCUUCACUCUGGAGUUCCACUUGGCCUACCCGGUGUGGACAAGAGACCCAUCUCCACGAAGAGAUCAGCGGGUUACUAGAGACGGACUUCCUCUACGCAAGUCCACCGACUUAUCGUUUCUACCAGGUGCUCAAAAGUCAGACCGGAUCACACACGGCUUCGACUAUUUACACGAGGCUCAAACAUCAAUCUGUGUUACUGGACGGGAUACAUCUCAGUGGACAGCCAUCCGCCUGACAGAUUCUUAUUUCGAAGAUGAUAGCGACCCGAACAAGGAAUACUUGCUACCUUUCUAUGUCGCCGAUCCCUAUCCUGACCAGGAUAUGACUAGUUGCGAGCUAGAUGCAAUCAGCAUUGCAAACUUGACAGCUGACAAUGUUUCGGUUACGGAUCCGCGUGAAUACUUUCUUUUAGUAGUAAAGAUCCACGUAGAAAGGAUCACUGAGCAUUGGACAAACGUACUGUUUAAGCUGAAGGACAUGAUUGAAGAAUACCUUUCCAGUCCGCAUAUACCUUUGGUUAGGAGAGAGUCCUCACUUGGCACCAUGCGCGGUGAAUCAUAUGCCAUCGAAGCAAGUGAGGUGUGGCUCGGACAAACCAGUGACCUAGUGAUCCAAUGGAUUCUCCUUCUCACCAAGACAAUCAAAGCCUGGGAUAAGUUCUUCGAUCGGGAUAUCAGCCGUAUUGUGUGUCAAUCAAGCAAAGAUAGAAUCAGCCACAUGAACGACUCACUCUACGAGAUCAGGCGAUUUUUAGAUGAGAUCAUGGUAAUCCGAGAAGAAAUGGAGGAGCUCAAAGUCAAAGUCGAAAGAUUUGAAAAGAAACUCGGUCUUCAUAUCACUGUGGGGGGUAGCCGUGCCAUCAUCUUGCAACACUUGAAUGUUACAAUACUGCAGUUCAUCUCGCCUUUUGCUCUGGCAGGGACCAUUAUGCAGGCAGGUCUUGUUUUUGGGCACCCCGUGUUAUGUUUCACUGUCCUGGCCUCGGUUGGGGCUUGCAUUAUGUGGGCGUUGAAGCCAGUCUUGACUUGGCUUGCUAGGAAAGCUCGGAUCGAGGAGGCGAAUCAAGUCGUCCCACAACAGAUCAUUCAGGGGCUGCAGCUCGAGAAUGGAGUGCAGACCACUUCCUAUUCAGCGCCAACGCGUCCAGAAUUGAUUUACCACAGAUUUCAAGGGGUAUCUAUAGAUAAAUCCAACCAGGCUAUCUAA